AUGGCGGUGGCCCCUCAUGAAAUGGAGUUUGAUGCCACUUCUGUAGAUGCUAAGACAUUGGACUGGGAAAAGAAGGAACAGAUUGAAAAUGUAACAAUCAGCUCUCGUGAUGUGGUUCAGACUGGUGCCAGCACACCCCAAUGGAACCCAAAUCGGACACUGAAGGUUAAGGAUUUAAGUAAUAAAAACAUCUUUUUCUUGUUUCUAGGUUUUUUGAGUACUGGGGACCAGGCGGCGAAAGGCAAUUAUGGAUUGCUUGACCAAAUCCAGGCUUUACGAUGGAUUGAAGAAAACAUUGGAUCCUUUGGAGGGGAUCCAAAAAGAGUUACUAUCUUUGGCUCAGGAGCGGGAGCAUCUUGUGUUAGCCUCUUGACCUUGUCUCACUAUUCAGAAGGUCUGUUCCAAAAGGCAAUCAUACAGAGUGGAACAGCCCUGUCCAGCUGGGCAGUGAACUACCAGCCUGCCAAGUACACUCGGAUAUUGGCAGAUAAAGUGGGCUGCAACAUGCUGGAUACCACUGACAUGGUUGAAUGCCUUCGGAAUAAGAACUACAAAGAACUCAUUCAACAGACCAUUACUCCAGCCACAUACCACAUUGCCUUCGGGCCCGUGAUAGAUGGUGAUGUAAUUCCAGAUGACCCUCAGAUUCUAAUGGAGCAGGGGGAGUUCCUAAACUAUGACAUAAUGCUUGGCGUGAACCAAGGGGAAGGCUUAAAGUUUGUUGAUGGUAUUGUUGACAAUGAGGAUGGCGUUUCUCCAAAUGAUUUUGACUUCUCUGUCUCCAACUUUGUGGACAAUCUGUAUGGUUAUCCAGAAGGAAAAGACACCCUCCGGGAGACAAUAAAAUUCAUGUACACUGAUUGGGCGGAUAAAGAAAACCCUGAAACUCGAAGGAAGACCUUGGUUGCCCUUUUUACUGAUCAUCAAUGGGUUGCUCCUGCUGUUGCCACAGCUGACCUACAUGCCCAGUAUGGCUCCCCAACAUACUUCUAUGCAUUCUACCACCAUUGCCAAAGUGAAAUGAAACCAAGCUGGGCUGAUUCAGCCCAUGGCGAUGAAGUUCCAUAUGUUUUUGGCAUUCCCAUGAUUGGUCCUACUGAACUCUUCAGCUGUAACUUCUCCAAGAAUGAUGUCAUGCUUAGUGCAGUGGUUAUGACAUACUGGACAAACUUCGCCAAAACUGGUGAUCCAAAUCAGCCAGUCCCACAAGACACCAAGUUUAUACACACAAAGCCCAAUCGUUUUGAAGAAGUCGCCUGGUCCAAGUAUAACCCCAAAGACCAGCUUUAUCUACACAUCGGUCUGAAACCUCGGGUAAGGGAUCACUAUCGAGCAACCAAAGUCGCUUUCUGGUUGGAACUUGUACCUCAUUUACACAACCUGAAUGAAAUUUUUCAGUACGUUUCCACAACAACAAAAGUCCCUCCUCCAGACAUGACAUCAUUUCCUUAUGGUACUCGCCGUUCUCCUGCAAAAAUCUGGCCAACUACCAAACGUCCAGCCAUCACACCUGCCAAUAAUCCUAAACAUUCAAAGGACCCUCAUAAAACAAAUCCAGAGGAUACAACUGUUCUGAUUGAAACAAAACGAGAUUAUUCCACGGAGUUAAGUGUCACCAUUGCAGUGGGAGCAUCCUUAUUAUUCCUCAAUAUUUUGGCUUUUGCCGCCUUGUACUACAAAAAGGAUAAAAGACGCCAUGAAACACAUAGGCGUCCCAGUCCUCAAAGAAAUACAACAAAUGAUAUCGCUCACAUACAAAAUGAAGAAAUCAUGUCCUUACAGAUGAAGCAGUUGGAGCAUGAUCACGAGUGUGAGUCUUUACAGGCACAUGAUACCCUGAGACUAACUUGCCCACCUGACUAUACCCUUACUCUGAGAAGAUCCCCAGAUGACAUUCCGCUAAUGACACCCAACACCAUAACCAUGAUUCCCAACACAUUAACAGGAAUGCAGCCUUUGCAUACUUUCAACACCUUCAGUGGAGGACAAAACAGUACUAAUUUACCCCAUGGACAUUCAACCACUAGGGUAUAGCUCUGCCAUUACCUUCCCCUCCCUUACUCUCCUUCCCUCAGCAACAUGGAAGAAAGAAAAAGAAAAAAAAAAGGAAUGUUUUUCAUCAAGCAGACUUCAGAUAAAAGGAGAAAGGGCAGUCAUUAUUUUCUUACUGACCCUUUUCAAAGGAACUUUCCUGUAUUAAAAAGAUCAACUUCAAACCCUGUGAAAUGUGAAACGUGUACAUUGCUGUUACAAUACUGCUUUAAGAUCCCAACCACUUCAGUGAAAGUUUAAUGUGUAUAGGACAGAAGAAUAGCCGCUUCAAAGACCUGGAUGUUUUCAUUGUAAGAAAUGGAAGCUGAAUCUUCUGGAACACAGCCAAGUGACUCAACCAUUUUUUUAAAAAUAAAAUUGA